GGGAUACAGAGAGGGAGGAGAGAGAGAGGAAAAAACGAACCCCCACCCAACAAGAAACGACCGAUGACUCCGCCGUUUCUUGUUCCCCUUCUUCUUGUUACUAAAUUAAAUAUCUCAAAUAUUUGCUUUUCUCGUCUUUCUUUGAUCCCAUCCCCCAACAAAACAAACCCUUUCUUGUUGGGGGAUUUCAUCAAUUCUCUGUUCCUCGGCCUCUGUCCCGUUGAGUUGAGCCAAAUGCAGGAUUCUUCCCCUUAGUCCCCUCCUCUUUAUAUUCAAAAGGGUGCCUUGAUUUCACCUUCUUUUGGGCACUCCUAGAAUCGUUUUUUUUUUAAUCUCUCAUUCACUUUCCCGGGGGAAAAAAGUCUUUUUUUUUUUUUUUUUGCAAGAAAGUAUAAAAGGUUGUCCCAGACAUGGGUGCAUGCUGCAGCAAGAACAUUGAUGACUUUGGGUACGAGGAUAUAGAGCCUGAGGAAUGGGAGACUGAUGGAGAGGAUGUUCUUGGAGAAGGAGAUUGUGGGGCUAAAAUAAGGCUCAAAGGGUCUUCGAGUUUUGUCUCUGUGUUCUCCAAACAGGGCAAGAAAGGUGUCAACCAAGACGCCUUGACCGUUUGGGAGGAGUUCACUGGCGAAAAAGAUGUGCUGUACUGCAGCGUCUUCGACGGCCAUGGUCCCUCUGGUCAUGAGGUGGCCCACCGCGUGAGGGACAAGUUGCCUUCUAAGCUCUCUUCAGCGAUCAAACGGUCCCAAGUUAAAGCAAGCAACAUCGACCUCAUGGACAAAGAUGACUCCGAAGAAGAAGAAAAGGAAGAAGAUGACGGGAGAAGUGGAAAUUCAACGAAUAGCCGAGAUGAAGAUAGCACUAACAGUUCCUUGCUUCUCUCAUCUUGGGAGGCAAGUUUCAUCAGAUCGUUCAAGGACAUGGAUGAUGACCUCAAAAAUGAUUCCACGGUUGACUGCUUCUGCAGCGGGACCACAGCAGUGAGCAUAGUUAGAUUGGGUGACCACUUGAUGGUGGCAAACUUGGGGGAUUCCCGCGCAGUCCUCUGCACGAGAGGGCAGAAGAAUCAGCUCGUUCCCGUCCAACUCACAGUUGAUUUGAAGCCGAAUAUCCCAAGUGAGGUUGAAAGGAUCAGGAAAUGCAAAGGAAGAGUUUUUGCAAUAGAACAUGAGCCUGAAGUGUUCAGAAUAUGGAUGCCUGACGAGAACUGCCCUGGACUAGCUAUGGCUCGGGCUUUCGGAGACUUCUGCUUGAAAGAUUACGGUCUCAUAUCACAGCCCGACCUUUCCUACAGAAAGAUCAUGCCGAGUGAUGAGUUUGUUGUCUUAGCCACUGAUGGGAUAUGGGAUGUACUAACCAAUAAUGAAGUCAUCAAGGUAGUGUCAUCUGUAAGAACCAGAUCGCUGGCUGCUAAAGUGUUAGUAGCUCGGGCAGUUCGGGCCUGGAGAACAAAGUACCCAGGCUACAAGAUAGAUGACUGUGCGGUCAUUUGCUUGUUCUUCAAGGAAGCUGAACCUUCAGAACAGCCCGAGCUCAACGCGCCAAAGGGUCAGUCUGGGCAAGGCGCUCCUAAUCCGCCUGGACCUGCUAAGGGCAAGAAAAAUGUGAGCCCUGCGGCUGGAAAGAAAGAGAAGGAUAAUGAGGAGUGGAAUGCUCUCGAAGGAGUGACUCGUGUCAAUUCUCUAAUAAAGCUUCCUCGACUUUCUAGUAUCUUGCACCGGAGAAAAGCAGCCAAAGAUCAUGGGGAUGCCAGUGAAACUCGCUCUAUUGCCGAUGAAACACGCUCCAUUGCCGAUGAAGCUCGCUCCAUUUCCGUCCUUCAGUGAUCUCCUUCCUGCUUCCUUCGAACCCGAAAGAGGAGAGACUACAGGAACGAUCAGGCCCCUUGGAAACUGAAAUAUUAAAAUUAAUAUCAUAAGAGAUCGAAAGAACUAGUGAAGGAGCAAUCAGAACUGUGGAUUCUGCUCCAAAUGAAAUGACAUGGAAAGCGGGAAUCAAACUUGUUUUUCGUUAUAUAUGUAUUUCCUGGUGUAACUAGAUUACAGUUGACACAUUUCGGGUUUUGAGGAGUACUAUGGUAGUGAUCGAGACCAUAUCCUAGAUGAUGUGAUUUUUUCCCCUUCAUUAGUUUGAUUUGAUUUCUCUGAAACCACCGCAUAUACAGAGUAAUUUAUAAUUCCAGCUUCUUGCUUUUACUUA